CUCCUUAAGCCGAGUAUCCACCUGUAUCCAACGCCCGUAUCGUAUCACCGUUCCGAACCCUUUUGAAUAGGCAGGCGUUGCCCCGUUGCAUGCAACGGCAUGCUGUGGCUCGGACAACAUUUCUUCGUUUCUUGAUAAAAACGGUUAGGCAAUAGGACUGGGCCACUACAGGCGAGGAGUUUCGUUUCGCUGUGUGCCGUUCCAAAGGAACGGAGGCAACGGACCCAUCCGAAAAAUUUCUUGGUUCUUUGCCGUUCCAUCGAAGGAAAGGUUCAUGCGUUUACACUUGACAUAGCGUUUCGUGCCGUUACUUGGGUUUCAAUUUAUUUGAAAUCUUGCGGUAUUAUUGGAUUCAUUUCAAAAUCGAUGAAAUUAUUUAUGAACUUAAUCUAAUUUAAUUUAGACAAAUUUUAUCGUUUAAAUGUAUUGAAACAGAUCAAUUAUCUUCGGCGAUACGCUGUUCAUAAAACAGCAAUGUUAAUAAUCAGCUGUGUCAUUAUUGAAAAAGGACAAUGUUAAUUUUGUAGAGAUUUUUCCGUUGCCGAGUAUCCGAAGUUCUAUUGGGCUGUGAUACGGAGGUGAAGGAACGGGCCGAUCCGAAAAUUGUCGGUUUUUUGCCGUUCAAAGGAUAGGUUCGGAGACCACUUGAAACGUAAAAGCAACAUACCCAGGCGAAGGCCCGAAAUGCUAUGUCAAGUGUAAACAUGACUCUUGAGGCACGAGAUCUGGAAUCUGGAAUCGGAUAUAUCAGUGAGAUAAUACUAAUGCAACGACUGAACUUUGUUAUUUUUCAUUUUUUUCUUAUAAAACUGUUACCAAGAUAUUUGUGACGUUUUUCUGAUUAAAAUGAUACCAAAUACGAUAUGGUUUGGACAAUUCUUAUUUAUAAUAGUAUUUCCUACAGUGUGAUUCUCUUGCUACGCAAGACAAAAGCCGUGCCGCAUAAUGGAACCCCUGCUGUUUGGAAAAUUGGAAAUGAUUUUUAUUACAUCUGAAAGUUAAAGGAGUAAAUUUAGGAAUCGGUUUAUAACUUAGAAACAUAAAAUAGGGAAAAAAUAUGUUAUUAUGACAGGGUUUCGAGUUUACUUAAUCCGUUUAUUACUCGAAGAGGUCAUCGUUUAUUACCCUUGUUGCUUUCAUUGGACUGGUACUACCUGUGUACCAUGCAAAUUCGGUACCUCCACGCGGACUAGGAGGUACCUUCGCGUUUGCAAAACGCAACCAAUCAGAAAAAUUACAAAUUUACCCCCGACGACGAAUUUUAACCAAUACAGGAAGUGGAAGUUUCUACACCGAAACCCCCACCACGAUUAGGAAGUUAUAUAUUUCUCAUCAAUACGGAGAAAGAUUAGUUGCCGUUUACACUGCAGUCACCAUGGAUUUUAGUAAGGCAGAAAUUCUCACCUUAAUUGAAGUGUACCGAUCCAAGAGUGUGUUGUGGGACCCCAAAAACUGCGAUUAUUUUAAUAAAUUAAAAAAAGAAGAUGCGUGGGAGGAAUUAAGCGCAGAAAUAGAAAAACCUAAAGCAAUAUGUAAAAAAAAAAUAGAAUACCUCCUCGCAGGUUUGAGGAGGGAAAAGUUGAAAAUAAAAAGAAGUGUUGGCACCGGAAAGGGAACACAAGAAGUAUAUAAAAGCCAAUGGUUUGCAUUCGAAAGUAUGCAAUUCCUAUGGGAUAAAAAUAAAUCUAGGAGGACAUUAAGUACGAUGGAAGAUGAAGUACAAAUCGUAAGUCCAGAGGCGGUAGAAGAUGAGGUGACAGAGCAGUCAUAUAUGGGGCAGAAUGUAGAGAUGCUUGGGGGAAGUUGUACAGUAUUAAUUUUAUUUCUGGUUUCGAGUUUACUUAAUCCGUUUAUUACUCGAAGAGGUCAUCGUUUAUUACCCUUGUUGCUUUCAUUGGACUGGUACUACCUGUGUACCAUGCAAAUUCGGUACCUCCACGCGGACUAGGAGGUACCUUCGCGUUUGCAAAACGCAACCAAUCAGAAAAAUUACAAAUUUACCCCCGACGACGAAUUUCAACCAAUACAGGAAGUGGAAGUUUCUACACCGAAACCCCCACCACGAUUAGGAAGUUAUAUAUUUCUCAUCAAUACGGAGAAAGAUUAGUUGCCGUUUACACUGCAGUCACCAUGGAUUUUAGUAAGGCAGAAAUUCUCACCUUAAUUGAAGUGUACUGAUCUAAGAGUGUGUUGUGGGACCCCAAAAACUGCGAUUAUUUUAAUAAAUUAAAAAAAGAAGAUGCGUGGGAGGAAUUAAGCGCAGAAAUAGAAAAACCUAAAGCAAUAUGUAAAAAAAAAA